UGUCCCACAAAAAAAAGUUUUACGACUUUUCUUGUAGUCAUUUAAAUGUUUAGGCAUUUAAUCGUAACAUUGAAUUGAAUAUCGCGUUAAAAAACUCGUUAUUUUCCAUUCGCUAUCAUAUGAUAUGAAUUAUUAGACAUCUGUUUGCGUGUAUGUGUGUUAUAGACAUCGCAUAUAAAGUUGAUAUUAAAUUCAUUUAGUAAUCAGUUUAUAUUUGAUUUCAUAAAAAUAAGUUUUUUUUAUCAAACAUUUUACGUGUCAUUGAAUUGUGUUUGAAAUUUAAGCCAAACUUCUCUGAUAACGAUGAAUGGUAUACAAAAUGGACAGAAGUUCGCACCGGUAUCUCAUGUGGUGUUUGACAUGGACGGCCUAUUAUUAGAUACAGAACCCCGGUAUGAAAAGGCUAUCAGUACAGUAACUGAACGCUAUGGCAAACCAUAUAAACUUGAACUAAAAGUACGAGUGAUCGGUACUACAGGCCGGGACUCGGCUAACCUCAUAUGCAAGGAACUGGAGCUCCCGAUCACACCGGACCAGUACAUCGAGGAGUUGGACAGGGAGUACCUGAAGGUGUUUGAC